AUGGCUACCAUUCCGGCACUUAACUACCCUAUCACCGGGCCCCCAAGACCUUCUCCUGCUCCUGCUGACGGAUCUGUUCCUUUGAGGCGUGAGAUUCGUGAUCUCCAACGCAACUUUCCUGAUCAAUGGACGCUUUACAUACUUGGUCUUCAGGCUUUUCAACAACUGGACCAAAAGUCAGAUCUAUCAUGGUAUGGAAUUGCGGGUAUUCAUGGACGCCCCUAUCGUCCCUGGGGUGGAGUACAAGGAGAUAACCCGGCUGGAUGGCAGGGCUACUGUACCCACAGCUCCAUUCUCUUUGCACCAUGGCAUCGUCCAUACCUUGCGUUGUUUGAGCAAUACCUGUAUCAAAUCAUAAAAAAUAUUGCUGCUACAUUCCCCGCUUCCACAAAGACCCGUUAUCAACAAGCUGCGUUGACUUUCCGUAUGCCAUACUGGGACUGGGCUGCUACACCACCCGCUGGUGACAAGUACCUACCUACUGCCGUUGGACAACCAUUGAUCCAAAUCAUCACUCCAACCUCAAAUAAUAAACCAGUUCAAAUCAAUAACCCCCUCUAUUCCUACAAAUUCAAUCCUUUGAAUCCUUUAAAGGGUGACUUUCCUAGUGCUCCGGAAUCACGAUGGCCAACCACUCUUCGAUAUCCAACCAAUGGAAGUGCAACCGCCAAAUCUCAAGAGCAACAGGUCUUUGACGCUAUGGAAUCACAAUUUGAUUCUUACCAGAGCAAUGUUUAUUUAAUCAUGAGAGAUCCCAAUUAUAAGCAGUUCGAUGCGUUUAGCAAUCACCAAUGGGCAUCGAACAAUGCUCCGGGGACAUACGGUAGUAUCGAGGAUGUACACAAUAGUCUUCAUAGUGAAACGGGCGGGAAUGGACAGAUGGGCGAUCCUGAUUACGCAGCUUUCGAUCCAUUAUUUUGGUUACAUCAUACCAAUGUUGAUCGACAAUUUGCCAUCUGGCAAGCUUUGAACCCCAACAGCUAUGCAAUCAACAAACCUUCUGGCGAUGGAACUUUUUCUAUCCAAAGCGGCAGUCAAGAAACCAGCACUACCCCCUUGACGCCAUUUAACGAUGCCACUGGAAAAUCCUACUGGACUUCCGAUGGCGUGCGUAGCACAGCCACAUUCAACUACGCCUACCCAGAGACUCAACAAUGGAAAUAUCCUACUAUCCAGCAAUAUCAAACAAGUGUUCUCGCCGCAGUGCAGACAUUGUAUGGUGCUACUAGUAACCAAUUCAUGCAAUUGAUGGGCGUACAAACUGCUGCUGCACCUGUACAAAUUUCUACUCAGGCCGAAAAGGUUGUUGCAGACAGCAUCGAUACAGCUCAGAAACCUAUUGGUGAUGGUGCUGCUUCAUCUUCUCACGGACAUAAGUUUUUGUCAAACCUUCUUCAUAGUUCCGCCAAGGCGAAGCCUAAGCCCGGGGACGCUGUUCGAGGUGGAGACGAUUUUGAGUCUGAGAUUGGAAAAUCAUCUAAAGCUCCUGCAACCGCGGGACCAAUCAAAUACCGCGAAUACAUUGCCAAUAUCCGUGCUCCCAAGCAUAUUCUUCGCCAAACCUAUCGCGUCCGAAUCUUCCUCGGAGAUUUCAAUUCCGAUCCUACAACUUGGGCAACCGAACAAUCCACCAUCGGCACCUUUUCUUCCUUUGGCAAGAAUCCCGAAACCACCGGCUGCGGAAAAUGCAUCAAGGACGAAGCACGCUCCCUGAUGAUUUCCGGCACCGUCCCCUUAACCCCCAUCCUCCUCAAACUGUACAAGAAUGGCGAUCUCGGAUCUCUCGAAACCGAGAACGUCAUUCCGUAUCUGAGACAAAAUCUCCACUGGAGAGUUACGCUAGCUGAUGGGACUGAGAUUGACAGGGGAAGUGUUGAGGGACUUAAGAUUAGUGUUGUGAGUACGGAGAUGAGGUGUGCACAAGGAGGAUUCCCGGAAUAUAGUGGGGAGUAUGAGGUGCAUAGCGAGGUCACAGGAGGGAGACCGGCAGGUUUGGGAGAGGGAGAUAGGAUUUAA